GUCCCAACUUGCGCCAGCGAAUAGGAUGUGUAGGACUUACUUCUCAGCAUCAAGUGUCCCAACUUGCGCCAGCGAAUAGGAUGUGUAGGACUUACUUCUCAGCAUCAAGUGUCCCAACUUGCGCCAGCGAAUAGCGAGUCUUCUUUUUUCUUUUCUUUUUGUGUGGUGCAGACUGGUAGGACGCUUCAGGAGGAAGGUCACGUGUGCUAGCAAGGCAGAGGUCCCGGGUUCGCUGCCGGGUACGGGCUCGAAUCAGGGAGGAAGUGGUCAUCGCUAAGCAAGCGGUGUGUUGUCCUUUACACUAGCUGUGGAAUAGUUCAAAAACAUAGAACGGAUGGGAGUCUCUGUUUGAUAGGUUGGACACCCAUGAGCUGAUGAGGCUACUCCAUGAGCGAUAAACUAAACCUCUGUACAGAGUAGUCUUCUAUUUUGAAGUAAAUCCUUCCCAUCAUAUGCAGCCCUUUUUGAACAACAUGAGGAGAAACCAACAGCCCGAAGACUAUAGACCAACUCUGUCCUUAUCCAAUGACGCAUCGUGUCUGUCUUUAUCCAAUGACACAUCGUGUCUGUCCUUAUCCAAUGACACAUCGUGUCUGUCCUUAUCCAAUGAAACAUCGUGUCUGUCUUUAUACAAUGACACAUGGUGUCUGUCCUUAUCCAAUGACACAUGGUGUCUGUCCUUAUCCAAUGACACAUCGUGUCUGUCCUUCAUGUUGAUAUCAUGGGGAAAGUGGUAAAACUAUAGUGGUAACGAGGGGUAGUAGGUAAAACAAGCUGUUGUAGUGGCUAUGGGAGAUUCAGCACCACUGAAGUGGACAGCGUCAGAAUCUGGGUCUGGGCCCAGGGGACAGCAACAGUCUGGGCCCAGUGGACAGCAAGAGUCUGGGCCCAGUGGACAGCAACAGUCUAGGCCCAGUGGACAGCAACAGUCUGGGCCCAGUGGACAGCAACAGUCCGGGCCCAGUGGACAGCAACAGUCUAGGCCCAGUGGACAGCAACAGUCUAGGCCCAGUGGACAGCAACAGUCCGGGCCCAGUGGACAAUGACAGUCUAGACCCAGUGGACAGCUACAGUCUGGGCCCAGUGGACAGCAACAGUCCGGGCCCAGUGGACAGCAAUAGUCUGGGCCCAGUGGACAGCGACAGUCUGGGCCCAGUGGACAGCGACAGUCUGGGCGCCAGUGGACAGCGACAGUCUGGGCCCAGUGGACAAUGACAGUCUAGACCCAGUGGACAGCUACAGUCUGGGCCCAGUGGACAGCGACAGUCUGGGCCCAGUGGAAAGCGAACGUCUGGGCCCAAAUGGACAGCAACAGUCUGGGCCCAGUGGAAAGCGACAGUCUGGGCCCAGUGGACAGCAACAGUCUAGGCCCAGUGGACAGCAACAGUCUGGGCCCAGUGGACAGCAACAGUCUGGGCCCAGUGGACAGCAACAGUCUGGGCCCAGUGGAUAGCAACAGCCUAGGCCCAGUGGACAGCAACAGAAUGGGCCCAUUUAUUUCCUUUCAUAUUUGUGGAAAAGCUGUUACACAAACUUGAAACUUUACAUUUGAGUCAUUUAGCAGAACCACUAGUGUCCAGAGCGACUUACAGUUAUGCGCAUUCAUCCUCAUGUAGCCGGGUAAGACAACCACAUAUCACAGUCAUAGCUUCCUCAAUAAAGACACUAUCAGCGGCUUGUAAGUGUACCGGUUGUCGUCUGGAGAAGGAGAGGAGGACCGAGGUGCAGCGUGCAGGAUAUGAUGGAGAUGGUGUGGAUAGGACUGUGUCUUCAGCUCCUCCUCUGCCAGACAUGGGCCCAGUCUUCAUACCAUCCCUUACACCAUGUACUCCAUGCUCAAACAGCCCUCAGGUCCCUGGAUGAGCCAGUGAGGGUUGACCCUUGCUGUCUCUUGGCCCCUCCCCCACCCCCACUCUUCCCUCCACCUACCCUGCUCUGGAAGCGACAAACUGCGGUUGACUAUCCAGUGAUAGGAGGAGGAGGAGGAGAGGAGGAAGAGCAGAGGUAUAAACACCUGCCUGUGAUCCCUGGAUGUGAACUAGGACCCCAGGGGCGCAACGGACCCCCAGGACCAGAGGGUCCCAGUGGGAUGCCAGGAAUUAGAGGACCAAAGGGAGAACAGGGAGAGAUCGGACGACCAGGGUCAAAGGGUCGUACUGGUCCUCCUGGGUUACCAGGUAGACACGGACCAGCCGGAUGGCCCGGUCCAGAGGGACCCGACGGACAGAAAGGAGACCCAGGAUUGAUGGGCCUGCCGGGGUUGAGAGGACCACAUGGGGCAAAAGGUCUUCCUGGUUAUAAAGGAGAGAAGGGGUCUCGUGGUGAUUCAGGCGUAUUGGGACCGAAGGGGAACAAGGGUUCCAGAGGCCUGUCUGGGAUGUCGGGACACAAGGGAGAGAUGGGAUCGAAGGGAGACCCGGGAAUUUCAGGCAAAAGAGGUCCCGCUGGCCGACCUGGGAAGACUGGAAAACAGGGUAAACCGGGUCAGGGUGGAAUCCCAGGUCCUAUGGGUCCUACAGGUCCUGCUGGUCCCUCUGGUCAUCCUGGACCCCCUGGACUACCUGCCUCAGCCCUGUACCUGGUGGGGGAGAAGGGAGAAAAAGGUGUAGCAGGACAUCCAGGUCACUGUGACUGUAACACCUAUGGUGGUAACACCCCUCAGGGAGUCAACAGCCCCCCCUAUGCCAGUUACACACAACGGGGCAACUAUCACAAAGUCCCUGCGAUCUUUGUAGUGGACAGUGAGGAGGAGUUAGACCGUCUCCACACGGUCAAUGCCAUCGCCUUCAGGAAGGACCAGAGAUCUCUCUACUUCAAAAACAAAGAUGGCUGGCAGCCCAUACAGCCGGUCCAGGCGUUCCAGUCGACGGAGAAGGUUCCGGAGAGGAUCGGUGUGUGUGGGGACGGACUGGUGCAGACGCAGAACGGAGAGGAAUGUGACGACGGGAACAAGGUCAUCACGGACGCCUGUCUCAAUUGUAGGUGGGCGUACUGUGGAGAUGGCUAUCGUCAUGAGGGCCUGGAGGACUGUGAUGGAAAAGACUUUGGCUACCAGACCUGCACAUCAUAUCUCCCUGGGUCUUUUGGGAAUCUCAGGUGUACCGAGUCCUGUUCCAUUGAUUCUACUGGCUGCAAAUACUUCACCUGAGCCAAUGAGAAGAUGUUAUUGCAGUAUUACCAAUUGUGAUUGGUCCACCUUCAGCGAGCCUCUAUUUUGAUAGGUUUCUACUUCAGCUCUGUUCUGGAGUGUUCCAUAAAGGAGGGCACCUACCUCUUAUAUGACUGACUGUGUGCAAUUAUGAAAAACUAAAACAAACAAUGUAUUAUCCUGUAAGCUACUGUU